AUGAACACUUCCAUUAGGAUGAACCAAAUUGUAAGCCUCAUCCCCGAAGGCUACGACGAGCCCGAGCACACCCGCUACACGAACACCCACGUCAUCCCCUGCAUCUCCAAGCUCAUUCGGGCCGGGAUCAAGCUCCGGCCCGGCCCGAAACACGACACCUUCCUUGCCGUAAAAUUCAAGCGCGGCGGCGUAAUCGAGAUGCCCACGAUCACGAUUGACGACUUCAUGUGCACGUUCCUACUGAACUGCGUGGCUUACGAGCAGUGCCACAAGCACUGCUCGAAGCACGUGACCACCUACGCGACUUUGUUAGAUUGCUUGGUGAACACGGCACGGGACGUGGAGCAUUUGUGCGACCGGAACAUUCUCGAGAACUACAUGGGCACGGAUGCUGACGUGGCGGCGUUCGUCAACAAUUUGGGCAGGGACGUGUCGUUUUACAUCGACGCCUGCUAUUUGUCGGGUUUGUUUAACGAGGUCAACGAUUAUUACAACAAUCAUUGGCACGUUCAGUGGGCGAGUUUCAAGUACACGUAUUUUAACACGCCGUGGUCGUUCAUAUCGGCAUUGGCGGCGUUUGUGCUGCUCGUGCUCACGGUGGCUCAAACGUAUUUUACGAUCAUGGGCUACGUUCGCCCGCCUAAUUAG